AUGUCUUUGCUUUUGGGCGUGAUCUACGCCACCCUGACCAACACUGUCUGGGGAUGCUACCCACUCUAUUGGAAACGGCUAGCCGAAAUCCCUGCGUUGCAAAUCACAGCUCACCGCAUCGUUUGGUCCUUCGUGCUUCUGGAGCUCCUCUUGGUCGUCACGGGGAGGUGGAAGCACUUCCACAAGACUGCGUUCACCCGACUAAACAUAGCCACGGGGGCCCUCUCGGGUACCCUUGUGGGGUCGCAUUGGCUGUUGUGGGUGUGGGCAGUCAACCGAGGGUUCAUCGUCCAAGCGAGCUUGGGCUCGUUCAUGAUCCCACUGGCCACCAUGUUCCUCGGCAUGCUGUUCUUAAAGGAACGUUUCCGACUUUGGCAGUGGGUUGGCAUGGCGCUGGCCAUUGGCGGGGUCACUGUCGUGGCAGUUGGCAACGACACAUUUCCGUGGGUGUCAUUUGUCUUGGCGCUGACCUUUGGCUUGUACGGACUCGUGAAGAAGCAAACCAAACUCGACGCGAUCGAGGGCAUGACGCUGGAGUUUGCCAUCAUGUCCAUUCCAUCCCUGACGUACUUGGUGGUAGCCGAAGUGCACAGUCAGGGGGUGUUCAGUCAUGUGGAUGUGACCACCGACUUGCUUUUGGUCGGGGGCGGGGCUAUCACGGCCAUUCCGUACGUGUGGUUUUCUACUGCCGCCCUUCGCCUCCCCAUGACGAUCUUGGGCAUCUUUGGCUACAUCGUGCCGACGGGAAACCUCCUCAUUGGUGUGUUUGUAUACCAUGAACCGUUCUCCACCACCAAGUUGGCUGGGUUUGUGCUCAUUUGGAUUGCUUUGGCUGUAUUUUCUGUCGAAAGUCUGCUGGUUCCAGCUGCCUCUGUCGAUAGCAAAGACCAACUUCCAACCUCAGUCAUUCACUCGCUAGACGUAACAAAUGCCAACGCGUCAACGACAGAAGUGGGCGAUGCCUACGUGCCGUUCGAAGAGCACAGUCCAGUGCUCGUAGUCGUACAACGCGAUUAA